AACUAAUGGAAUACGAGUGACACCAAUGCCACCUGGGGUUGCUAAGGAGGACUCUUUGGCCGGCACCGCACCGCGCACCACUGUGAUUGGGGGAAUCGAUAGCCUCAUUGGAGCAAAAAAUAAGUUGGAAAUUCUAGAAGAGAGGCUGAGGGCCAUAAAAGGAAUCGAAAGCUUAGGGUUCAACGACGUCGCAAGAUUGAGCUUGGUUCCCGGCAUAAAAAUACCACACAAGUUUAAGGCGCCAGAGUUUGAGAAGUACCAGGGUAAUACAUGCCCUAAGAGCUAUCUGACCAUGUAUUGUAGAAAGAUGGCAGCGUAUGCCUAUGAUGACAAAUUGCUCAUCCACUUUUUCCAAGAUAGUUUGGUUGGGGUCGCAUUGAACUGGUAUACCCAUCUAGAGUCGUCUCGCAUCCGUUGUUGGGUGGACCUAGCUGACGCCUUCGUGAAGCAGUAUAAGUACAAUAUGCACGUCGCGCCCGAUAGGUUGCCACUACAAAACAUGACAAAGAAAGAUAAUGAAACCUUCAAGGAAUAUGCUCAACGAUGGAGAGAGCUACCCGUGCAGGUUGAGCCGCCUUUGUACGACAAGGAAAUGGUGGCAAUGUUUGUGAACACGCUCCAACCGCCGUUUUAUGAACACAUGGUCGGGAAUGUGUCCUCCAAUUUCGCCGAUAUCGUCAUAAUAGGCGAAAGAAUAGAAAUUGGGUUGAAGAAUGGGAAGAUUGGAGGCAGCCCGUCUGCGAUAGCAAACUCUAAAAAACCCAAUUUCAAUCCAGGAAAAAGGAAGGAAGGAGAUGUUCAUGCAGCAUCGGCAAUGCCUGUAUGGAGAGGUCAAGCACCUAUUCACAAUUAUAGACCAUACAUGGGCCCACCUCCAUAUGCAGCCAAUGCGGCAUUUGCUCAUCCAAUUAGGCCGCAACAACCACAACAAGGAUUUUAUCAGCCGCAACCUAUCACAAACAACGCCUGGAGGGCUGGGACAAGCGCGAAUCCAAAUCCGAAUGCGUGUCAAAGCGCUUACCUGAGAAAAACCCAAGAAAGAAACUUUGUUCACUUCACCCCCAUCCCUACAACUUACACUGAAUCAUUACCUCACCUCGUCAAAAAGGGUCUGGUUGCUAUAUGUCUAAUGAUGCCUAUGCAGCCUCCGUACCCCAGGGGUUACGAUGUCGAUGCCAAGUGUAGUUAUCAUGGGGGAGGCGUGGGUCACUCAACUGAGAGGUGUAUGGACUUCAAACAUAAAGUGCAGGCCCUAAUCGACGCCGGGUGGUUGAAGUUUCAAGAAGAUAAGCCUAGCAUUGAUGCUAAUCCAUUAUCCGGGCAUGGAGGUGCCUCGACAAAUGCCAUUGAGGUUAAGAAAGGAGAGCUAAUAAGGGGUGCAGGUGAAAUUCGAAGUUCCAGAAGGUUUAUUUUCAAGAAGUUAUUGAAGUUGGGUUUUUUAAACGGUGAAUACGAUUUGGGAAAAGCAUGUGGACUUCACCCAUGCGCUGGACACUCUAUCGAUGAGUAUGUCGAGUUCGAGAAGAUUCUGCAAGAUCUGCUCGAUAGAAACUUAAUGCAAGUAUACUGUGAGGAUAAGAAGGAGGAGGUGUUUGCACAAACUGGUGGGGAGCCUGAUGUAGCUCUGCCAGAACCGUUGGUGAUUCGUUUCACUCGAACCACCCCGACACCGGCAAUUCAAGGAGGGACGUCUGUCGUCAUCCAUACACCAUCUUCCUUUCCUUAUAAGAGUGAGAAAGUUGUCCCUUGGAGAUAUGGAACACAUGCAAUCGAUGAGGGGCAACGUACAGAAAGUCAAUCCUUCCGCCGGGAACCAGCUAUUGAAAAUAUAUCAGGCAUUGGCGGAAUGACAAGGAGUGGUCGAAUCUUCACGCCACCGAACUUGAUGAAGGAAGGAACUAGCAAUAAUGAAGCACCGGCGGUGGACACCCCUGACACGGAAAGCAAGAAAGAAAUAUCUGAGGAAGAGGCUUGCGAGUUCUUGAAAUUCAUACAACAAAGCGAAUACAAAGUGGUGGAGCAACUGAAUCGCAUGCCUGCUCGAAUCUCCCUGUUAGAAUUGCUCAUGCAUUCGACUUCCCACAGAAAGUUGCUGAUGAAGAUACUUAGUGAGGCUCAUGUAGAGCAAGGUAUUUUCCUGAACAAGUUUGAGGGUAUUGUUAGCAACAUCACUGCUAACAAUUACCUCACCUUUACCGAAGAAGAAAUACCUACUGAGGGAAGAGGGCAUAACAAGGCUCUCCAUGUCUCUGUGAAGUGCUUGGAUCAUGUCAUAGCUCGUGUUUUGAUAAACAAUGGCUCUUCCCUGAAUGUCAUGCCGAAAACGACGUUAGAGAAGCUACCUUGUGACGGGAUGCAUAUGAAGCCAAGCUCCUUGAUUGUAAGGGCGUUUGACGGUAGUAAGAGGGAAGUAAUGGGGGAAAUAGAGCUACCGGUUCAGGUGGGCCCAUGUGUUUUUCAGAUAACCUUCCAGGUCAUGGAUAUCCUCCCAGCCUAUAGUUGUCUAUUGGGUCGCCCGUGGAUCCAUUCUGCGGGGGUUGUGCCUUCCACCCUACACCAGAAACUAAAAUAUGUCAUGGGAGAUAAGCUGGUAAUAGUAUCCGGGGAGGAGGAUCUCCUUGUGAGUGGGCCAUCUUCUGCCCGUUAUAUUGAGGCUGCCGAGGAAUCUCUCGAGACGGCUUUCCAAUCAUUGGAGAUCGUGGGAAACGCUUAUGUGGAGUCAUUCCCAGUAAACCCGCAUUUGUCAUCCGCCUCUAUCAUGGUGGCCAAAGUCAUGCUGAAGGAAGGUUAUAAGUAUGGAAGCGGUUUAGGCAAGUACGGGCAGGGGCGGACAUUCCCAUUGAAGGUGGUCGAGAACAAAGGUAGGUAUGGCCUAGGGUACAAGCCCAGCAAAGAAGAUAAGAAGAUGUUGAUUGAAGAAAAGAGAGAACGCAGUCUGGCUCGAGUGGAGAGACGAGAACCAAGGGCAAGAAAGAUUCGCAUAUGUGAUAUCAAGGAGAGUUUUCGCAGUGCUGGAUGGGUGAACGCUAGCCAGAUAGCAGUGGUGCAAGAUGAAGCUGGAUCUGAAAGCUCAGACUUCGUGUGGGCUUGCUCCCCAGAUGUGCAGCUCAACAAUUGGAAGACUUUGGAUUUACCUGUGAUGUUUAAUUCGAAUAAAACAUAUGACAAUGAAUGUUUUGAAAAUAACAAUGUCGAAAUCCCUAAUUUUGAGCACCCUGUCGAUAAUACGGAAGAUGAUUAUGAAGAUGGUUCAGAACCCUCUCCAGAACUAAUGAGAUUAGUGGAGCAAGAGUCUAAAGAAAUAAAACCCCAUCAAGAGGAGGUUGAAAUACUCAACUUGGGUGAGGAAGACGAGAUAAAAGAAGUAAAUAUCGGUACUACCAUGAAAGAGGAAGUGAGAGAGAGGUUACGUGUCCUAUUGAGGGAGUUUAAGGACGUUUUCGCUUGGUCGUACAAUGAUAUGCCCUGUUUGGAUACCGAUAUCGUGGAGCAUAAACUUCCUCUUAAGCCGGAAUGCCUCCCGGUCAAACAGAAACUAAGAAGAAUGAAGCCAGAAAUGUCCUUGAAAAUCAAGGAAGAGGUGCAGAAACAAUUUGAUGCAGGAUUUUUGGCUGUGGCAAAAUACCCGCAAUGGGUGGCAAACAUUGUACCAGUACCCAAGAAAGAUGGUAAAGUUCGAAUGUGCGUUGACUACCGUGAUUUGAAUCGUGCAAGUCCGAAAGACAAUUUCCCUCUACCGCACAUCGACACUCUAGUCGAUAAUACAGCCAAGUUUUCGCUAUUUUCAUUCAUGGAUGGCUUCUCGGGAUAUAAUCAGAUCAAGAUGGCACCCGAAGAUAUGGAAAAGACUACCUUUAUCACGUUGUGGGGAACAUUUUGUUAUAAGGUGAUGUCUUUCGGGCUCAAGAAUGCUGGAGCAACAUAUCAAAGGGCAAUGGUGGCACUUUUUCAUGAUAUGAUGCACAAGGAGAUUGAAGUGUAUGUGGAUGAUAUGAUUGCGAAGUCUGAAUCGAAAGAAGAGCAUAUUCUCAACUUGAGGAAGUUAUUUGAAAGAUUGAGAAAGUUUAAACUCAGGUUAAACCUCGCUAAAUGCACGUUCGGAGUAAAAUCUGGAAAAUUGUUGGGUUUUAUUGUUAGUCAAAGAGGGAUAGAGGUGGAUCCUGACAAAGUGCGAGCGAUAGUGGAAAUGCCUGUGCCAAGGAAAGAAAAGGAGGUUCGAGGUUUUCUAGGUAGAUUGAACUACAUUACUAGGUUCAUCUCCCAAUUAACCGCCACUUGCGAACCGAUGUUCAAGUUGUUACGAAAGAAUCAGGCUGUGGUUUGGAACGAGGACUGUCAGGCCGCCUUUGAAAAAAUCAAGCAAUAUUUACAGGACCCUCCAGUGUUGCGUCCACCGGAGCCAGGAAGACCGCUCAUUCUAUAUUUAACUGUGUUGGACGACUCAAUGGGUUGUGUAUUGGGUCAACACGAUGAGGUCGAAAAAAAGGAGCAUGCCAUAUAUUACUUGAGCAAGAAGUUCACGGACUGCGAACGACAAUAUUCCCUGUUAGAGCGAACUUGUUGUGCAUUGGCGUGGGCCGCUCAUCGCUUAAGACAAUACAUGCUGAGUCACUCUACCUGGUUGAUAUCAAGGAUGGACCCUAUCAAGUAUAUUUUUGAAAAGCCAGCUCUCACUGGUAGGAUAGCUCGGUGGCAGAUGCUAUUGUCAGAAUAUGACAUCAUAUAUAUUACUCAGAAGUCUGUUAAGGGUAGCGCUUUAGCAGAAUACCUGGCUCACCAACCCCUUAGCGAUUAUCAACCAAUGCAACCCGAAUUUCCCGACGAAGAUAUCAUGGCUCUAUUCGAGGAAAACAGAAAAGAACGACACGAAGAAGCCUGGACGUUAUUGUUUGACGGAGCCUCGAAUGUGAUGGGGCAUGGAGUAGGGGUAGUGCUCAUCACUCCGGGCAAGCAGUACAUACCAAUGACGGCAAGGUUGUGUUUUAAUUGCACGAAUAACAUCGCGGAAUAUGAGGCCUGUGCUAUGGGUAUUCGAGCGGCGAUCGAGUCCAAGGCAAAGAUUCUGGAUGUAUAUGGAGAUUCAGCUUUGGUUAUUCACCAGUUGAAGGGAGAAUGGGAAACUAGGGAUGCAAAAUUAAUUCCUUACCAAGCUUACAUCAGGGGGUUAAUGGAGUAUUUUGAUGUCAUCACAUUUAACCACAUACCACGAGAAGAUAAUCAAUUAGCCGAUGCGUUGGCUACUUUGUCAUCGAUGUUUGAAGUUGACCAAGAUGCGGAAUUACCACUGAUGGAAAAAUACCACUUUGGAGGUCUCGUUUCAUUUCCUGUUGCUCGCACUUUCAUUUCUCACGUCAGAGGGCCCUCUCAUUUAUCUUCAUUUCGGUUUCCUGGCGUCUUCUUUCCCAAGAGAGAUCUCCUCGUCGCACGCCGUUCAUUAUCACGGGUUUCUAUCAAGUUUAAUCCUUUGUUUCUGUUCUUUUUCGAGUUUUUGUCAUAUUUCCGCUGCGUCUUCUCUCUGGAAGGAGCUUGGGAAGGAGAAGCAAAUGUUAGCUCAUAUAACAUAACUGAGGAAACAGAUCCUGAGAAGCUGAUUCCAAGAGGAACUCGUCUUACUGUUCAUCUCAAGGCAACUCGGGUUAUACUUGCCACUGAUGGGGAUUCACCUGGUCAAGUUGUGGCUGAGGAGCUUGCACGCCACAUUGGGAAAGAGAAAUGCUGGCGAGUCAGGUGGCCUAAAAAUGGGAGAUUAGACAAUUGCAAAGAUGCAAAUGAGCCAGCAUAUUGCCUUUUCAUCGAGGAGGAGAUAGAUGGUAAACCUUGGUAUUUUGAUAUCAAGCAGUAUCUUAAGACCCGAGAAUAUCCUGAGAAGGCGUCUGAAAACGAUAAGAGGUCGCUAAGGAGAUUGGCUGGCAGUUUUAUCUUAAACGGGGAUGUACUAUACAAAAGAAAUCAUGACAUGGUUCUCCUCAGAUGCGUGGAUGCGAAGGAGGCCGAGCUGAUAUUAAGGGAAGUGCACGAAGGGGCCUUUGGCACACACAUGAACAGACACUCAAUGGCCAGGAAGAUACUGAGAGCUGGGUAUUUUUGGUUGAUUAUGGAAAAUGAUUGUUGCACACAUGUGAGAAAGUGCGAGAAAUGUCAGAUGUAUGCAGACAAUAUCAAUGUGCCUCUCACGACCUUGAACGUGUUGUCUGCGCCAUGGCCAUUUUCGAUGUGGGGAAUAGAUGUUAUUGGAGCUAUAGAGCCAAAAGCGUCAAACGGACACCGUUUCAUACUAGUUGCGAUCGAUUAUUUCACCAAAUGGGUGGAAGCUGCCUCUUAUGCCAAUGUGACUAGGAAAGUGGUGACUAAAUUCAUAAAAAGAGAGUUGAUUUGUAGAUAUGGGCUCCCUAACAAGAUCAUCACUGAUAAUGCCACCAACCUGAACAACCAGAUGAUGAUAGAGUUAUGUGAGGAGUUCAAAAUUCAUCAUCUUAAUUCUUCUCCUUAUCGUCCAAAGAUGAAUGGGGCAGUAAAGGCUACUAAUAAGAAUAUCAAGAAAAUUGUCCAGAAGAUGGUAGUCACGUAUAAAGAUUUUCACGAAAUGCUUCCAUUCGCUUUGCAUGGGUAUCGGACAUCGGUGCGAACAUCAACUGGGGCAACACCUUUCUCGCUUGUAUAUGGGAUGGAAGCAGUACUUCCAUUCGAGGUGGAAAUCCCGUCCUUGCGAGUGUUAAUGGAAACCCAAUUGGAAGAAGCUGAGUGGGUUCAAGCUUGGCUUGACCAGCUUAAUCUCAUCGAAGAAAAGAGACUGACAGCGGUGUGCCACGGACAAUUGUACCAAAGAAGAAUGAAGAAGGCUUUCGACAAAAAGGUGCGCCCGAGGGAGUUCCAUGGAGGCGAGCUGGUGUUAAAGAAGAUUUUGCCUAUACAGAAGGAUCACAAAGGAAAGUGGACUCCAAAUUAUGAAGGGCUAUUUGUAGUGAAAAAAGCAUUCUCUGGUGGGGCACUAAUUCUCACAAGGAUGGAUGGAGAGGAGUUACCUUUACCGGUUAAUUCUGAUGCGGUAAAAAAGUUUUACGCAUGAUGAUUCCGCGAUAGGGGAUGCUACUAAGGCAUAUUAACAUUGUUUUUGAGUUUUGUUGUAUUCUGUGUUACUUCAUUCAAUAAAUACCAUAUGGUUUUAUCCAUUAUUCAACUUUUACGCGUUUUUUCUUUUGACACGAUUCAUGUCACACUAAGUUUUAAAGUAAAAUAAGGGAAGAGGAAAGUGAUAAUAAUUAAAGCAUCACGGGUAUAUUCUUGGAGCACAAGCUCGGUCCUGGAGAAUGUCGUGAAAAACAAAAGAAAAAAAAAAGAGAAAAAAAAACGAAAAGAAAAGACACAUAUUGAAUCCGUUGUUCAUAAAGUUGUCGAAGACAUAGUACUUUCGAAAAGCAAAGGCAAACAAAGAUUUGAAAAAUUGGUGUCGAGUCUUUUCCUGAUUCAAGGUUUCGAGGGUAACCAGUGUUCUUUUCCUGAUAAAGCACCUGCAUUCAUAUUACUUGAACCCUUAACCUUCUGGUUUCCCUUCAAGACGAAGGAUUG